AAAUAAAGCUCGGUGGCGGCUGGGCUUUCUGCAAAAAGGCGGAACCGAGAACCGGUGAGUGAACCCCUUUCCCCAGAAUUGCGGAAAUGGGCUUCAGACGUCCCCGCAGCGCCCACUCGCGCCAGGGUGCCAUUGUCCGGAGAGGGUGUGUGAAGGCCUUCUCACUUUUCCGCAUCUUUCGUAUUAGUUACUACGCACUCCCCACGUUCUUGUCCUGGAGGCUGGCGGCGGGAACAAUGUGCGUGGGCGUGUGUGUGUGUGUCUGCUCUGUGGAGCUUUGCCUCUCCGGCGGGCGAAUGUUUCGACGCAGCCACGACAGACGGCGUUCCCAACUGCUUCUUGGCUGUUCCUUAUGAGGGUCAUGCGACCGGAUCAUGAGAGGUCCAGACUUUGGCAAUUCGAAGAAAACCGGGUACUCUCCCGUCCCCAACGUCGCGUGUUUCUUGUUGGAUGAGACCAGAACCGGAACUAUUGAGGUGGUGAGGGUCCCAGGGAAAUCGCAUGCGCCGGAUUGCCCAAAACGGCAACCCGAAGGCGAGGCACAGAC